CUCGCAUUCUCUGAAAGUUUAAAAUUGUUUUACAAUGAAGAUGGAAGGAGAAUUAUCAGUGUUAAAGAAAAAUUUAACAGAAUGGAGAUUCAAUCAAUAUCCAAAAUACAUAUUAUUGCCUAUUGACGAAAACAAUGAUCAAAUUUGUUCUAAUAUAAAGAAUGUUGUUUUUUCUGAGGUUACACCAUGUCCGCUAGAGCGCAAUAUCCAACUAGUGUGCGUCUCAGAGGAUGCGCUGAUCAGUAUUUUGGAUAUGGAUCCGGAUAUUGCUAAUCGGGAGGAGUUUGCUGAAUUUAUUGCCGGUCGGAAGUUACCGUACGGCGCCUUGCCAGUCGCUCAUCGAUAUGGUGGCCACCAAUAUGGGAUGUGGGUUGGUCAGUUAGGUGAUGGAAGAGCACAUAUCCUUGGGGAAUACAUAAAUAGGCUUGGUGAACGCUGGCAGUUGCAGUUGAAGGGAUCUGGCCUGACGCCAUAUUCACGAGUGCAUGAUGGUCGGGCGGUUCUCAGGUCCACUUUGAGGGAGAUGAUUGCUUGCGAAGCAUGCCAUUUCUUGGGCAUACCUACAGUGAGAGCGGCGGGUCUUGUCGUAAGUGACGAAUCAGUGGUCCGGGACGUGUAUUUCACCGGCAACCCGAAUCGCGAGCGUGCGGCCAUCCUGCUGCGGAUCGCUGAGUGCUGGUUUCGAUUUGGCUCACUGGAAAUACUUGCUAGGAAUGGUGAACUGUCUGUAUUGAGACAGCUCUCUGACUUUAUUAUAAAGGAGCAUUUUCCAGAUAUUCAACUGUCGGAUGAGAAUCGUUUCAUAAGGCUUUUCUCUGAAGUAGCUCACCGCACACUGGAUCUUGUGGCAAAAUGGCAAGGCUUCGGUUUCACCCACGGCCUCCUAAACACGGAUAACAUGAGUAUCCUGGGCAUCACGUUGGACUACGGUCCCUUCGGCUUCGUCGACUCGUACGAUGGUGGAUUUGUGGCCAACUGCUCCGAUGGCGAGGGGAGAUAUUCCCUGGCUAAACAACCUGACGUAGUAGUGUGGAAUGUGGGACAGCUGGCUAACGCACUGAAGCCGCUGCUAACUUCUUCACAGCAAGUUCACAUGGCGCAUAUCUUGAAAACGUUGGAUACCUACUGCAAGAACAAAAUACUGGAAACAUUCCUUUUGAAAAUUGGCUUGAAAGAAGAGAAAUGGGGAGAUGAGCAACUGAUCGAGAAAUUACUUGAUAUGAUGCAGAAAACUGGAGCAGACUUCACAGCAACAUUCAGGCAACUUGCUGAGUUGGAACCUUGCGAAAUGGUUAACGAAAUCAAACUGAAUGAGAAAUGGUCGUUGAAGCGCUUGUCAUCGCAUGCUUCGUGGGGCUGCUGGUUGGACCAAUAUCGCGAAAGACUAGACAAGGAAGCUGUUGACGCUAGCACGGUCGGACUGUUCGAGGACGAGCGUCGCAGGCGCAUGUUGAGUGUAAACCCGGCGUAUGUGCCACGGAACUGGCUGCUGCAGGAAGCAGUGAAUGAUGCUGAAAAGAAUGACUUUCAAAAGGCACGUUUUCUUCUGGACGUUAUGCAACACCCUUAUGACGUACAGCCGGAAGCCGAGGCUCGAGGGUUCUCAUCGCAGCCUCCGCAGUGGGCGUACGCUCUGAAAAUAAGCUGUUCUACAUGAAUUGAAACUUGUAAUAUGAUAAAUGUAUAAUUGUUUCAGUAUUAUUAAUACUAAAGUUGUAUCUCUAUCUUUUAUAUUAAU